ACACAUGACCAGUGGUCACCGACAGUGUUAGUUACCUAAGUGUUGUGCGUGAUACCUUACAAGCAAAAUGAAAGCCUUCGUCGCAAUCCUCUUCAUGACAGCAUCAGUUCUUGCUGAACCGAGCAAAGUCAUUCAAAAGCGGAGUGGACUGGUAGGACAUUACGCUGCUGCUGCACCUAUCAUACAUUCCGGCUACAGCCUGGGAGGCUACAGUCUUGGUGGUGGAAUCAGCUCAGGAUACGCUGCAGGCCUGACCUCUGGGCUAGGUGCCGCGCUAGCUGCAGGACCAGGCUUCGCUGUAGGACCGGGCGGUGCCAUCGGAGGUGCUACAAUUGUUGGUGCUGAUGUUCACACGACUGUCACCAAGCACGUCGGCGUUCCAGUCCCAGCUCCUUACCCUGUAGCCGUAGACAGGCCUUACCCCGUCCCCGUCAGGGUUGCGGUCCCAGUGCCAGUAGACCGGCCAUAUGCUGUUGCAGUGCCAAGACCCUACCCUGUAGCUGUUGAGAAGCACGUCGCUGUGCCAGUCGACAGGCCAGUUCCUUACCCGGUUCCCCACGCAGUUCCUUACCCAGUCAUCAAACAGGUCGGAGUACCAGUUCCCGCUCCAUAUGCUGUGCCAGUUCCCAAACCAGUAGCAGUUCCAGUGCCCCAGCCAGUUGCGGUACCAGUGGUCAAGUCCAUCGUCACCUCAGGACUGGGAGCGUCUCUCUAUGGCGCUGGUUUCCACGGACACGGACUUACUUCUAAAAUCUGGUGAAGAGUUGCGAAUUGAACACUCGAUUGUUAGUUAAUCAAAUAACUUUUAUGACCAGAAACACCAGUUUAAUUAACUUCGAAAGAUUUUAAAAGGUUUUUUGCUUGUUGCUUUCUUAUUUGCUGAAAGAAUUCCCUACCAUUGAUAUUAAAAUUAUAAUAACAAAAUCGAUUUAGUAAUAAUUUUUGAGAUCAUGGGGUACAAAAUUUAACAAACUUUAGAAGUGAUGCAGUUAGAUUACGUCUAACAUUUAAUUGCGUAAAUAGUCGAAAGUAUUACGAAAUAGUUUUUAACUGCUUCAAUUGAACGUGCUCAAAACAUAAAUGUCUUUAAACUAGAUUAGCGCAAAGGUUAACCAAAAUGGCGGCAUGUUUGUUUUGUGAUUAACAAACGAGUGUUCGAUGAUUCGAAGGCUUUUAUUGAGGCUCUAUUAGUCACGAAUAAUAUUGUGAUUUAGUUAGUUCUUAUCUGUAUUUAGUACCUUUAAUUUAGUUGUCUGUCUUUAGAAUGCUCUCUAUGGAGAUUUGGGUCGAUGUGCAAUUGUUUGAAACUUGCUUUCAUUUUACUUGAAGUUAAUCUUUUUGACUUUGUAGAUGUCUUCACCAAAUGUUUUUGUAUUUAUAUUAUGAUGUUUAUUUUUAUAAAUCAACUUAUUUUUUUAUGUAUCCAUUUCAAAUGUAUACUUAGGUCACAAAAUGUUUGUAUAUUUUU